AUGUCGCUCAAGAUCGAGAGGGAAACGAUUCGCCAUGCGACCGAGAACGUCGCCGGUGGUGGCGCCGUUGGCCCUCUCGCCAACAUAGGUCGCGAUGGUCCUCUUCCUGGCACGAGCGGAAAGCAUCCUGUCGCGGAAGCAAUUGGUACCGCGAUUACUGGAGGCAAGAGGAACGCCGGAACGAAAGGUUACUUGAUGGCCUACAUCAACGAACUCGAAAAGAACCCACUACGGACGAAGAUGCUUACCGCCGGAACCCUCGCCGGUUUGCAAGAGCUCCUCGCGUCGUGGCUAGCCAAAGACCGCAACAAGCAUGGGAACUACUUCACGGCUCGAGUUCCCAAAAUGGCUGCAUAUGGUGCUCUGAUUAGCGCGCCCUUAGGUCAUUUCCUCAUCUGGUUGCUUCAAAAGGCUUUCAAGGGUCGCACAAGUCUUCGCGCUAAGAUUGUGCAGAUUCUCGUCAGCAACUUGAUCGUCGCUCCGAUCCAAAACUCGGUUUACCUCGUCGCUAUGGCUCUCAUCGCCGGUGCUCGAACUUUCCACCAAGUGAAAGCAACGGUCCGCGUGAGCUUCAUGAAGGUCAUGAAGGUUUCUUGGAUUACCUCGCCGCUCUGCCUCGCUUUCGCUCAGGCAUUCUUACCCGAAGUCGCCUGGGUUCCCUUUUUCAACGUCGUCGCUUUCAUCAUCGGUACAUAUAUCAACACCAUCACCAAGAAGAAGAGGCUCGCUGCUCUACGCAAGAAGCACUUUGGCGACGGCCGCGGCGAUGGCCGUACCGGCUCCGUAGCCGGCGGACGACCCGAGGACUACCCUCCCCCUCCUAUUGGACCUAACCCGCCUUACUAA